AUGCCGCCAUCAACAAAAUCUGACACAGACCGCGGUCUAUUCGAGAAACGAAACCCCGAAGGCUGCAACGCAGCCCUGAUCUACAGUAAGUGCGAAGAAACACCCCCGAGCGAGCGUCCCAUGCGAACGACAAAUUUGGGAAUGGAGAAAUGGUUUGGUGAUACAUUUGGGGUGGAUUUAGGACCUCACCCCGGUCGAAUCAUGAGCAUCAUGCGUCACGAAGCAUUCCGCAAGAUUGUCCUCUGGUACUGCCAGACUCAGUACGGGGAGAAAGUGUUGGGAUGGAAUCUCAUGAAAUCGAUCGUCACAUUGAAGCUUGAUUCGGAAAGAUCGCUUCCUUUGAUCUUCGCUGAUAAGGGUGCUUAA